AUGGCAAGGUUCUCGCUCGUAUUUGCAGCAGCAGGAUUCCUCCUCCUAGUAGCCAUGGCGGAGGCCACCACCAAAACCAUCUUCACCACCACCACCUUUGAGGAAAACCCCACCGACAGAACUGAUAUGUCAUGCAGUCAGCAGCUGGUUGAGCAGGCGAUGCUUAACCACUGUGUGAAGUACCUUGAAACUGGCUCAGGAAUGAGCAUGGACCUAGAAAGGUCGUCGGAGCCAACCCCUGCAGAGAAGCACCUGAUGCUGUGCUGCAUGCAGGUAAGGAACAUCGAUGAGAUGUGCAGGUGUGACGUCAUCAAGAUGAUGAUGAACCAACAAAGGUGGACGCAACAACAGAUGGGUAAGAUGAUGGGCAUGGCGGAGAACCUUCCCAACAAAUGCAAAGUCGAACCAGAAAUGUGCAAAAUGAGAGCUGUCUGGUUCUAA